AUGGGCAUUGUCUGGAACCCAGUAAGCAGGCCGCUCCAGGCCCAGCUGGCGGCGGGCGCCAGCUCCAUUGUGACCCGAGAUCGCAGGCUGAGCCGCUGCUGCGGUGGGUCGGAAACCUGCAUUAACCCCGCUCUGUGCCCAGCCGGGGGGACGUUCUCCGGGGACUGGACCCAGCCCCUGGGGCAGCCCCGGGCUCUGCCGACACCAGCCCCUGAGCCGGAGCCUGCAGCUGCUGGUGACGUUAGAGGAGGCGACUGUUUCACCAUGGAGCCAUGGGUGAUGCUGGAUCCGCGGCAGAGAGCUUUGUACCGGGAUGUCAUGCAGGAAAGCUAUGAGACCCUGAUGUCCCUGGCUGAUGGUUUGGUGAGCGACAACGAGGAGGAGGAUGCUGAUGAGGAGGAGGAGGAGGAAGGCUCAGAGGAACUGGAACCACGCACGUCUCAGAAUCCUGAGUGGGAAAAGAGCCCUGCCGACUCCGAUGAGCAAAAGAAAGCCCAGCCAGGGAAGAAGCAUGACAAAGCCACGCAGCGCGGCCCAGGCCUGAGGAAGCCGAAGGGCACGGUGGCCCAGACUCGCUGUGGCGACUGCAGGAAGAAUUUCGAGUGUGGGGCGGCUGGGGGCCGGCAGCGGAAGGGCAAGCCGACCGAGGAGCACGCCAAACCCUUCUGCUGCCAGGACUGCGGCAAGAGCUUCAUCUGGGCCUCGCACCUGGAGCGACACCGGCGCAUCCACACUGGUGAGCGCCCCUUCCGCUGCCCUGAGUGCGGGGAAAGCUACAGCCAGAGCUCCCACCUCCUGCAGCACCGCCGCACCCACACCAGCGACCGGCCCCACAAGUGCAGUGACUGCGGGAAGCGCUUCGCCCAGUCUGACGAGCUGGCCGCCCACCAGCAGGGCCAUGCAGCGGACAAACCCCACAAGUGCAGCCACUGUGGCAAGGGCUUCAUCUGGGCCUCCCACCUGGAGCGGCACCGGCGCAUCCACACUGGUGAAAAGCCCUUCAAGUGCCCCGAGUGCGGGGAAUCCUUCAGCCAGAGCUCCCAUCUGUCAAAGCACCGGCGCAGCCACACGGGCGAGCGCCCCUACCGCUGCCCACACUGCGGGAAAAGUUUCUGUCAGAGUUCAGACCUAGCCCGCCACAAGCGGACCCACCUGGGCAAGAAACCCCUGCGCUGUGGCGACUGUGGGAAGUGCUUCCGGGCUGGCCCGGCCCUGGCCCGGCACCAGCGCUCCCACCGGCGGGAGAGGGCCCACCGCUGCGGUGACUGCGGCAAAGGCUUCGUCUGGGCCUCUCACCUGGAGCGGCACCGGCGGGUCCACACGGGUGAGCGCCCCUUCCCCUGCACCAGCUGCGGGGAGCGCUUCGCCCAGAAGGCCCACCUGCUCCAGCACCGUAAGACCCACUCCCCCGACCGGCCUUACAAGUGCAGGGACUGCGGCAAGCGCUUUGGGGACAACGCCGCUUUCCUGGCCCACCAGCAGGGCCAUGCGGCAGAGAAGAGCUACAAAUGCAGCGACUGCGGGAAAGGCUUCGCCUGGGUCUCCCACCUGGAGCGGCACCGGCGCAUCCACACCGGAGAAAAGCCUUUCAAAUGCCCUGAGUGCGGGGAAUCCUUCAGCCAGAGCUCGCAUCUCACCAAGCACCAGCGCAGCCACCUGGGCAAGCAGCCCUACAAGUGUAGCGAGUGCGGGAAGGCCUUCGGCCUCACUCUCGACCUCAUCAUCCACCAGCGGACUCACAUGGGCAGCAAACCCUAUAAGUGCUCCCAGUGCAGGAAAGGAUUCACCCGCCGGGCCAACCUCAUCAAACACCAGAGGAGCCAUGGGGAGGAGGAGCCCUGAGGGGAUUCACAGACUGGGCUGCAGGGUAGAGGGAGCCAGCGGGGGAUAGGAUAAACAUGACAGUUGGAGGCUAACAAGAGCUUGUGUGGCAGGGAAUGGCAUAAAUGUGAGGCUCAGAGGCUGAGAGGAUAGAGGGAGGGUAUCCCUCUUGGCUGCUAAUGAGGUGGGGGAGCAGUAUAAAUGUGACACAGGGAGGCUAAUGGGGAACAGCAUAAAAGUGACACAUGGAGGCUAAUGUGGGGGAACAGUAUAAAUGUGUCACGGAGGCAAAUAGGAUGGGGGAACGGUAUAAAAGUGAUAUAUGAAGGCUAAUGGUUGGGGAACAAUAUAAACGUGACAUACAGAUGCAGUAUAAAUGACCCUUGGCGCAGCUGCCUUGAGAUUCCCUGUGUCUCACAGUAAGGUUGCCAGUUUUGGUGGGAUCUAUUCCUGGAGGUUUCAUCGCAUGACGUAAUCUUUAAUUCAAGAUUAAUCUUUAAUUCCUGGAGACUCCAGGACAAUCCUGGAGGGGUGGAAAACCUAGUCCCUUGAAGGGCAUUUCCAGAUGUCUCAGAGCGUGUCAACUGGCCUGGCCCGCCCCCAGUCACUAAGGGAGACAAAAAACCUGGCAGGCCAGCUAGUCAUCACCCCCUGCUCCCCAUUUACUAUGGGGUCCUGUGUAGGGAUAAUGGAGAUUUAAACAGAGGCUUUGCUGUACUCCUCCCUCCCCCCUGCAAAAUGCCCAGGAUGGCCCAAACCCUCAAAGGUAUUUAUUCCUUUGAUAUCAGUGGAUUUUAGGAGCCUAAAUGUCAUUGAGGUUCUGAGCCAACAUCCGCAGGGUGAGAAAAGCCUCCACCGGGAUCAGAGCUGCAGAUGCUGCUGUGACUUGCCCUUGCCUGUGAGAGCAGCUGCCAGCAGAUAAGGGGUUCAUGCUGGGCAGGCAGAGGCCACAGCAAGACCAUUGCUUUGCUCCAGCAGAUCUGAGCUCCCUGAGGACAGAAUCAUUUCCUUUUGUCACCAGAUCCCAGCAUGGCUCCCCAGAGGCCUGUCGUCUCCCAACCCCUGUAGGAAUGUCCAUCUGAUGCUUCUGGGAGCUGAGAUCUGUUUGCAGCCAUGUUCUUGGGUAUUUUUUUUUGGAGUGCAUCUUGCCAAGUUUAGUUCUCUAUCACUGAGUCGUAGAUGAUGGUUAAUUUGUGACUUUUUUUGCUUUCUGUUGGAGGCAAAUAAAAUAGAAUGUAGUUUUACCAGCCUUACAGACUCCAGGAUACUUGGCAUGAUUAGAAAUAUGCCUUUAAGUACAGCAAGAUACUCAUUGGAAUAGAGUCUAUUUAAUAUGACAGGAGUGUUGUAGAUCUAUAGCUACUAUUAACUCAGGGCUUAUUUAGACAAACCCAGGCCUUCUGUGGAAUAUUUAUUUGGGAUCCCCGCGAGGGAGAGAGACUGCCCUCUCUCUUCAGUUAGUUAUCAACCAGGAGCCCAGUAACAGGCCAAGCCUUUCAUAAGUGACAAGCUAUUUGAACUCCUCCAAGUACUAAACCUCACACCUUCUACUCCAACUGCAGGGCGUGUUUCUUUGACCUCCCAUCUGGAACAUAAAGCGAGACUGACAUGCUUAUUGGUUUUAGAAACCCUUACCAGAACAAGACACUCUACUGUACACGCUUCUCCUCUAAGGGGUGUAGGAGAGAUCAAAGUCACUUAGUGCCCAGCGGGAAGGCACUCAGAUACUCAGGAGAUGAGCGCAAUAGAAGAAUCUAUAUAGAAAAGAACAACUUUUGGGUGUCCAUAAAGGUGUUUAAUUUUCUGGAGGGCAGGAGCUUGGCCCUUUUAGGUGGCCCAUGCUGGACACCCAAACUCCCUAAGCAUUUCUGGAAAACCGUGGCCCAGUUUUCAGUCCCCUGCCCUCAUCUCCCCUUCCCUGCAAACUCCCAAAAUUAAAAUACCUGCAGUCUCAAUUUUACAGGAAACGGGAAAAAAUUACAGAAAAUUUCAGAGGCCUGACAAAGUUUCACUGGUUUAACGAAGGUCUUGUCUACACAUGCUUUUUAUAGCAGUUUAAUUAUCAUGGUUGGGGUGUGAUUUUUCUAAUGAACUAAUUGCACUGGUUUAUUGAUAUAAAAGUGCCUUAUUCUGGUGUAACUUAGGUAACAAAGCAGCUUACUUCGACCUAACUGUGGAAGUGUCUACACUUAAAUUUCACUCCUGCAGAUGUAACUGCCCUACUACACUGACUCCAUCUCCAUGAGCAGCGUAGAAUCAAGGUUGAUGUGGUUAGGUCAAUGUAGUCUCAGUGUAGACACUGCGUUGCUUAAAUUGAUUGUUACUGGCUUUCAGGACCCAACCCACAAUGCUCGACAUUGACAGUACAAUCGAUACAAGGGCUCCUAGUGAGGACAUGCACCAAUACCAGGAGCGAAGUGUAGACAUGGACAAGUGAUGCAAUUACUGCGGCAGCUGUAUGCCAACAUCAGUUAGUCAACUUACUUUUGUAGCAUAGACGUGGUCUUAUUCCCCUUCCCUCCAGGUAUAACUAUUCUACUAUAAGUACUUUUAUACUGAGGUCAGGUCUAUACUACAGUGGUUUGGCAGCAUUGCUAUGUUGGUCAGGGGUGUGAAAAAAAACAAGCGAGGGUAGAUACAGCUAUGCUGACAGAAGAGCUCUCCUGCUGACAUGGCUAAUGUCAGUGGGGGAGGUGGUGUUACUAUGCCAAAAGAAAUACUGCUUCUGUUAUCAUAUGCUGUGUCUACACUAGAGGAUCUGCUGGUCUAGCUGUAUGGGCAAAGCAUUUGUAGCGUAGACAAGGCCUGACGUAACUUUGUCCACACUGGUAUAGAUAAGAUGGUACAAAGACUAAAGUUGAAAUUUUAAAGUGAUUCAGUUCAACUGAUGCAGCUUUAUGUAUGGACACUCUGAAUUUGGUUUAAACCUAUUUUACAAUGAUUUACCUUGCACUGGCAAAUUUUCAGGUGUAAGCUAUGCUGAUAUAACCAGUUUUAAACCAAAGUAAGGUGGUUUACACCAAUUCACCAAAUUUAGGUGUGGACGCAAUAAAAACGAAGUUGAUACAAGUUGACUUAAUGUUGUAGUGUAGAAGACCAGGUUUAAACUGUCUUUUAAACCCAAUUAAGUUAAACCAGUGCAACUUCUGCGUGUAGACAUGAUCUAAGAAAUUAAGCGUCUUUUAAGGAUUAAAAAAUCAUUACACUGACUUCUUUGAAACUGCUUGGAGAUCCGCUGUGGAGAAAAUACAAGGUAAAUGCAAAACAUUACUGACUGCACCUUUCCGUUGGGGUUCUGAAGGCACGGAGGGUCAGGUAGGUACAUGGUGACCCAGAGCAGUAGAGGGCAUUUCCUGGCUGUGGAACUCAAGGGUCUCAUGUCUGACUUUUCUGAGGGUCUUUAGCAUGUUCAGAGGGGAGGCAGCCCUGCCACAUGUCCAUGUGUCACUAUCCUAGGCGGCCGUCACUACAUAGAGCUUGUGUUUAUAGUAAAAUCCCCAACUCUCCAGAUUGCCACCGCCCGCCCCGUAUUCAAAAACCAUGAGUUGGGCCCCCAAAAGUCACGAGUGGCUUAAGAGAAACCACCUUGAAAAUAAAUUCUGGGUUC